AUGGCCAUUCUUCUAGGCGUGGGCGUGUUUGGAUCGAUAAUUGGACCUUAUCGGUCUGUUGCAAGUUGUGAGCAAACGUCUGACCGCGUCACUUCAUCUCCUCAAAAAGCUUCAAAAGAUGCCGAGGAGAUUAACACUUCUGUCAAUGGUGGAGAGGAGGACAAAGAGGACCGAUCCUUGAAGGGUUUCUUCAAGGCCGCACGCAAAAUUUUCACUUUUAGGCCCUAUCUCCUCCACAUGGGUUUCUUCAUGUUUUUCUCAUUGGCUGUACAGUUCUGUCAAAACAAUCUGGCACUUUAUGUGACAUACUCUCUCAAGUUGACCAGUUACCUCAAUUAUGGUAUUAUGAGCCUUCUGCUUGCUACAAUUCUCCUAAUUCCAGUUGCUCAAAUUGUGCUGAAAAAAAUAGGCAAGAAAUGGACAUCUGCAAUUGCUAUUUUCAAUACCUUUCCGCUUUUGGCUGCGCUUUACUUUUUACCAGAACGACUUCAUUUGGCUGUCUUCUUCUUUAUGAUGAUCUGGUUCUCUCUUACUCUCUCAGUUGGAAUGCUUCUACCAUGGUCAAUGCUUCCUGAUGUAAUUGAUGCGUUCGAAUUGGAAAAUGGCCAUCGUUCGGAGUCAGUUUUCUACUCUGUCAUUGUAUUUUGCAACAAAUUAGCUGUGGGUGUCACUGUGGCAAUUUCGGCGGGCGUUUUGGAAUUAUUCGGCUAUGAUUCUAUGGUGCAGUGCCAUCAGCCUCCAACGGUAGGAUAUGCUCUCCGAUUUAUUAUAAGUUUUGUGCCAAUGAUACUUCUGGCCCCUUCACUUUUCUGUCUCUAUUACUAUCCUCUGAAUACUACCACGAUUAAUGCAAUACGUGCCAAAAGAUUGGAGUUUGCUUUCGGUAUUGGUGGUAUUACUAUGCAAUUAAUGCAAAAUAUUAAUGGAUAUUUUCUGGCCCUUUUUCUUCUUGAAACUGCGGAACUGAAACCAACCUACCUAUCUGGUAUCCUUCUUGCUUCUCGAAUUGUUGAUGCUCUUACUGAUCCAAUAACGGGUUUUUUAGUAACAAACACGAAAUCGAGGUUUGGUCAAAAGCGACCAUGGCUAUUGUAUUCCAUUCCAUCAUGGGUUAUCACUUUUUUCUUCCUAUACUAUGCUGUGGACUGGCCACCUGAAGGAAAAUUGGCUUUUUACCUUAUCAUAAACUUAAUUUUUCAAAUUGGCCUAACAGCGUUUCAAGUUCCCUACAGUUCAAUGACAAUGGUGCUUACACCUAAUCCCAAAGAAAGAGAUGUUUUAACAGCUUGUCGUAUGUUUGCUGAGGAAAUGGCCUAUCUUAUCGGUGUGGGUGUCUUUGGAUCAAUUAUCACACCCUACCGGACCGCAGUGAAAUGUGAGGCAUUAAGUGCCAAUGGAACAGUUGGACUGACUACUGCGGCUCCAAUUUCCAAAGAUCCAGAGAUCUGGGCAUACAAAAUUGCGGCUGCAGUCAUUUGUGCUAUUGGAACGAUUUCGGCUUUAAUCUGUUUCUUUGGAACUAAGGAGAUUAAUACCAUGCUUUAUGAGGGUGAGGAAGAAAGGGAGGACAAGUCAUUGAAGGGCUUUUUCAAAGCAUCUCGAAGCAUUUUUACCUACAAACCUUACCUCCUUCAUAUGGGUUUCUACCUCUUCUUAUCCUUGGGAAUGCAGUUCACUCAAACAAAUUUCGGACUUUACGUAGCCUACUCAAUUAAACUCUCCAAAUAUCUCACCUAUGGCAUUCUAUGCCUUCUUGGAGCUGCAGUGCUUUAUAUUCCACUUGGACAGUUUAUUCAGAAGAAAAUUGGAAAGAAGAUUACAAUGUGCAUUGCUCUUUGUAAUUCGUUUAUUGCUCCAUUUGCACUUUUCUUCCUCCCAGAAAGGCCUCAUGUUGGUAUAUUUUACCUCUUAAUGAUCAUACAUGCUUUUACUCUCUCCGUUGGGCUCCUUCUUCCAUGGUCAAUGCUCCCAGAUGUCAUUGAUGCAUAUGAGCUGGAGUUUGGUGAACGCCCGGAAUCAGUUUUCUACUCUCUUAUUGUAUUUUGUAAUAAAUUGGCUGUCGGUGUGUCCUUGGCAAUUUCAGCUGCAUUUUUGGAAUACUUUGGUUAUAAAUCUUCCAACAGAUGUGGUCAAUCACCCAUAGUAGCCCAAGCUCUCCGUGUGCUAGUAUCCCUUAUUCCAAUGGCACUUUUUAUUCCAUCACUUCUACUACUUUACUAUUACCCACUUGGAACACAAUCAUUAACAACAUGCUACGGGGAAUCAUUUUCAAUACAUUGCAGUGAAGAUAACUUUAUCGUUAUAAAUUUUGCAGCAUUUGGUCAUUUUCGUGCUGGAAACAAUUGUAGCUCGCAACCAAACGGCGAUUGCUGGCUGGAUUCUACUUAUUUCCUCUCAGCUCUUUGUACUGGGCACCAUACUUGCGAAUCUAAAGUACAAUUCUCUCCCGAUCUUUCAUCCAAAUAUUUGAGAAAUAAAUGUGCCAGAAUUAUUGCACCUAUAUCUUCCACUCCCGCCCUUUUUAUAAAGUAUUCCUGUGUUACCUCUACUCUCCUAUCAUUCAUCCAAGAUUCUAAAGGAUUAGACAGUGACCAUGCAGGUGGUUAUUUAGCAACGCAUGACUAUCACCUCUCUAUCAAAACCCCGGAAUGGAGGACGGACCUGUCCGAAGUGUACUGCAGUAAAUGGAAUUUACCGAGUGUUAUCUCGAUUCCAUCCGGUUCUGAACAUCUUGGAAUUGUUCUCAAUCUCAGAGAUAUCGGUGAACUAUAUCGACCAUUAAGCAGUAUGUUGCAGAUGUUAUACUUGCUCUUGAAAUUUAAUACUUUUAUUAAUUUAAUUUUUGCAUGUCUUGGCUUAAAAUGUCCCCUUUGA